AUGGCCGUUGGAAAAGAAUCAUUACUUCUAUUUCUGUUGUGUUUAAAAUGUGAUGCGGUAUACUUAGUUAGCGGAAAUUCUUCAGAAAUCCAAUAUAACGGUGAUAAGUUUCCCACUAAAUAUCUGCUCCCGGAAGAGUUUAUCCCGAGAGUAGAUGAUCUAAAGCUAUACAUAAAAAGCCUAAAGCGCACUGUGCACUUCUUUAACAAAUAUCCUAAUAAGACGGAUUGUAAUGUUGCAUUGGGAGCGUUUUUUACUAAAGCUUUACUGAAACGAACUGUGCAAGAUUAUAACGUGAAACUACCUCGACGAGAACAGAUUCGACUUUUAGACAUCACAAGUAAAUGUGAAAAUAUCGUGUCCCAUUUCAUCUAUAAGAACAAUCCUUAUGGUUUUGACGAUAUUGAAUUCAGAGUGUCCAGAGUGUUUAAAGACGAUAAUGCGCAAACAUACUCUAUUGGUGAAUUCAAAAAGGGGCGAAUGAAUCGAUGGCUAUAUAGUAACUUUAAAAUGAACAACUACGCUGAAGAUAUGGAUACGCUUUCUUUUCCGAAAUUGAAGUACGUAAAAGUUACCACGAGACCGAGGGAAUACUAUAUCAAUGCAGAUGAUUCAGAUCAGUGUAUAUCACGGGUUGUCUAUGAGCCGGAACCAAUUAAUCUGUCUGAUUUAAAGAUGUGCAAACCUGAUAAGUUCUGCUUUAAACGCUUGCACUCUUCGCCUUCGGUCUCUUAUACUCUUAGUCACAGGCUUUUGAACAUAAUGUUGCGUCGACAUGUGCGUCGCUGUUAUUUGAGGAGUGCGGAGGAAGACGAGUCUCUGAUGGAAUUGCUGUGCGCAUUCAUGUAUCGGGAGGCGGUUUAUUUGGCGCGACGAGGUUUCUUCGCUAGGGAUAUCUUCUUAGAACACAUAGCCCUUUGCGGUAUGUUAGGAUAUGAGGAAUUCCACCGCAGUCACUGGUUCAACAAAGCGGUCAGCUGGAUGAACCAGCGCGGUUGCAUCAAAGAAACACGCAACCUCGAGUACAACAUGACCCGUGUUCAGAUAGAAAGGAUGGGCGAAAACGAUCCACGAGCGAAGAUAUUGCGGAGGGAACUACGCAGAAAUGUAAACAACGAGUGUCACUUUCAUCCCAUGGCUUUACUGAUGGUGGUUUUCGGUCACGGGAUCAGAUAUAUUGUUUCACAAGAUAUCGUGAAG